GCACACAUUUACGCUUACGCCAGCAUUUACGUAAAGGGCGACUCCCCGGAUGCGGCUGUGAUUGACUAAAGCAGGCUAGAAAAGAUCGAAAGCUAAGUGGCGGUGCUGCAGCCCGAGUGGUCGUAGGUAGGAUGCAGACCAUUAAGUGCGUGGUUGUGGGUGAUGGGGCAGUGGGAAAAACCUGCCUGCUGAUCUCCUAUACAACCAAUGCCUUCCCAGAAGAAUACAUUCCCACAGUGUUUGACAACUACAGUGCCCAAAUGAGUGUGGAUGGCCGCACUGUGAGUCUAAACCUGUGGGACACAGCAGGCCAGGAGGAGUAUGACCGUCUGCGCACCCUGUCCUAUCCUCAAACCAACGUUUUCAUAAUCUGCUUCUCCAUUGGAAGUCCUUCCUCCCAUGCCAACGUCAGACACAAGUGGCACCCUGAGGUGUCCCAUCACUGUCCAAAUGUACCCAUCCUUCUGGUGGGCACCAAGAAGGACCUGAGAGGCGACGCAGAAACAGUGAAGAAGCUAAAGGAGCAGGGUCUGGCCCCUACCACCAACCAGCAGGGCAACGCUCUGGCCAAGCAGAUCGGGGCAGUUAAAUACAUGGAGUGUUCUGCGCUGCAGCAGGAUGGUGUCAGAGAUGUGUUCGCUGAAGCUGUGAGGGCGGUGUUGUAUCCAGUCACAAAAAAGAAUCACAAGAAGUGUGUGCUGUUGUAAUGAAUGGUUCCCAGAUUUGGACUAUGAAGGGGGAUGAUGGAGAUCCACAGAUGCAAAUUAAAGGUUGAGCAGCAAAUGAUAUCUGGUUGCUUCCAGCUCUGCCUGUCACUUUUCAGCACCUGGUUUACUCCUUUCACUCAUCUCCUGGAGGAUCUCUCUGCGUUGCCAUAUUCACCAAAGUGACUCAGAAUGAAGGCAACAGACCACAUCUCCUCAAAUUUCCUUACAUUUUUAACUUUUGAUAUUUACACAUUUUAAUUUUACAUCUGUUCUUGAUUUAUAGCUUUUACGCUUUGCCUUAUAUAAUGCUGAUCAUGGUUACCAAAAGCCAUAACAUCUAAACAAACCGACAAAGCUUCCCCAAUUGACUGGAGAGAGGAGAUCUGCGUUUGUGCAGGUGGAGAACUAAUGACUACCUCAUAUUCUCACCUACAUUGCAUCUCAUUGGGUCUUGAGCCAAGAUGCCUUCUAGAUCUUUUUACUUGCCUCUUAAGAUGGAGUAAACAUUCAAACAUAAGUUGAACAAGAUUUAAACUUCAAGUGAUGUCCAUGAGGCGUUACGACUCCUGGACAGAUACCAGCAUCCCUUCACCAAAUGCAAAAAUUAAAGAUUGAUUUCCCAAUAGUAUGUGCCAAGUUUGGUAUGUUGUGUGGCAGGUGGCACUUCCAACUCCCUUCACUGCUCUUGCUUCCCUUCACGGAAGAGCCAGUGUGCCUUCAAAAAAUAAUCUGGACUCUGUAAGAGCAGCGAAGCCUUUCUCCUGUUGGUAAAAGAAGAGUAAAUGCCAAAUUAACCAUACUGGUACAGGAUUCCUCAGGACUCUAUGUAUUCAUAUUUAGUCAGACCGGCUCUGCUCUGCUCGCCUGUCUGCAUCUGAAGGGCUCCCAUCGAGUGCUAUUAUACAUGCCUAAGAAUUUCACAGAAAACUAUUUGUCUAAUGGUGAAUUUACUCUGUACAUGACUUUUUUCUUAAUCCUGUGAGGUUUUUAACUUCCACAUGCAGUUAUGGCCAAAGUUGAAUAUAUUUUUGUAAUAACUCGUGUUUAUUUGAUCAGUAAAUUGUACAUUUACUAUUGUUAAUUAUGAUGAACUAGAACUCCAUAACACUUCCCUUGUCAGUUAACAUGAUUGUUGAAAGAUCAGCAGACAGAUACCACUGUAUAAUCAUUUCAGUGUGGUGUAUAUUACCAGAAUAUGUUCUAGCUGGUUUGCAUCAGGUUAUGUCCCUGUGUUGUUUGGCUGGGUUAAAUGUGACUUUGCCAUAGAAGCAGCAGCGCCACAGCUGUAAGCCCAAGUUUAUUAUUGAAGAAGCCCUUUACUUUGGUCAGGUGCCUUGUCUAAACCAAAGACCUUACAACUGCUCCAACCCAAAGGUUAUUCUGCACUAUGUGACAAGCUCAGGCUCCGAGAUUUCAGAUUGACGCUUUCUGCCUCACUUCCUGUCAGUCGACACUCCCCCGCAGCCUUUUUUGUGACACACGGGUGCUAAUCUGACAUCUUGCGCUGCAACUGUGUGCAUUAGAGACGGGGUUAACAGCUCUUAACAGAUUGUGGUUUACGUCCCUGCUCUGCGUGUUGCAUCGAGGGCAAAGCAAAAGUGCAAGUUAACUUAUCAGAGCUGCAUUGGUGUCAUGGUGCCACUUUUGAAAAGUUUAUAUAUUUUUCUAAAAUAUUUUUCUAACAUUUCAGUGCAACGCCGACCAGCAAUAAUGGCAGCCCUCCUGGUGUACUUUUGAUGUACUUUCCUGUGUAAGGUGGUAAAUAAAUGAACUUCAAUUGUGGCAAAGUGUGAAGUAAAUGAAGAACAGUAUAAGCACAGGGUUAUGUUUGACCCCUGAUGUGCUUUGAAAACUAAAAGAUGUGGCAAAAAGGUUGAAUGUAUGCACGAUGUGUAAAACCGUCAUCUGUGGUAAGGUAUUAUUUUUGUCCCUAUUUCAGUCAGUUGAGUAAAAGUGGAAGAAACACCUGUGGGCUCUUUAGCCUGUGUCCUGGAGCAGUAUGAUACCGUGUGUGUGGUACUAUGCUUUUACACUGGGAACUUGAUCUGUAGAAAUCUAAUUGUUUUAUAAAUAACAAAAAGCAUAUGUGUAUAAAUGAACUAACAGUGAAAUGAUUUUAAAUUAUGCCAAAUAAAAUGGUGCCUAAACCCAAA